AUGAGGCUUGCCACUAGACCAGUCGCUCUAUGGUUUUCAGCAGCUACAACAGCAUCCGCUUUCCUACCAACGUCUCUAGGAUUGGUGCAUCCGAGCAUCGGAGUAGUAUCUCGUAGUCGAUUUGGAGCCUUGAAGCAAAAGACAUCGCUGCGUAUGUCAUCCUCCUCGACCAAUUCCAUGAAAGUGGCCUUGUGCCAAUUCCAUGUUACUUCCGACAAGGAAGCAAACCACAGUACAGCCAAGAGUUAUUUGGAGAAAGCCAAGGCUGGUGGAGCAGAUUUGGUCGUUCUUCCAGAGAUUUGGAACUCACCCUAUGCCACAGCAGCAUUUCCAGAAUAUGCCGAGACACUUCCUCAAGUUGGGGAUAAGGAGUCUGAAUCUUCCUCAACCAAGCUUUUGCUGGAUGCCGCCAAAGAACACAACGUAUGGAUUGUUGGUGGAAGCAUCCCUGAGGUCGUGAAGGAUGACAAUGGCGAGAACAAAAUCUACAACACUUGCCUCGUCCUCAAUCCAGAGGGUGAAGUGGUUGCUAAGCAUCGCAAGGUGCAUCUAUUUGACAUUGACGUCCCAGGAGGAAUCACCUUCUUUGAAUCCGAAACACUUUCGCCAGGGGAAGGGAUGACCCACUUCUCAACGCCAUUUGGAGAGAUUGGCCUUGGGAUCUGCUACGAUAUACGAUUCCCAGAAUAUGCUAUGCUUUUGAGACAAAAGUACAAUUGUGUGGCAUUGAUAUACCCUGGAGCAUUUAACUUGACAACCGGACCUGCCCACUGGGAGCUGUUACAAAGAGGAAGAGCUGUUGACAACCAAUGUUAUGUGAUGAUGGCAUCUCCCGCGCGAACGGAGGAUCCAAAGGACGAAAACGCAAAAUAUCCUCACUACACAGCUUGGGGUCACUCAACAGUUGUUUCACCUUGGGGCGAAGUGAUUUCCACAAUCGACGAAAAAGAAGGAAUUGUGUUUGCUGAUCUUGACUUGGCAAAGGUUGAAGAAAUGCGUGCUGGGAUUCCAAUUGAAAAUCAGAAACGCGAGGAUAUGUACAGCUUAAAAGAAUUGUAG